AUGAAUAUUAAAGUUGUCUUUGAAAACAAAAUACAUAAGCUACCCUCUUCAGUCAAUACCUUUAAUUAAAUAAUAGAAAAUAUAAGACUUCUUUUUCCAAAUAAAUUAAGGAAAAACUUUGAGAUUUACACUUAAGCUCUUCCAAAACAAACUCCCUUUAGAAUCAAUGAUGAAGACCAUUUUAACGAGUUAAAAUAAUUAUAUGGACAUAUGAAAUUAAAAUUCAUAAUAAAGAAAUCAUAUGAAGACAGUCUAGAGUAAGAAGAGAUUCAAGCUUUAAAUUAGAGUAUCUUAAUUCAAUAUAAAGACUCAGAUUAAUAAUUACAGGAAGGAUACAAGAACUUUGAAAUUAUUAAUAAAAAAUCUAAUGAAUAGAAUUAAUAAUGUAAUAUGGAAUAGCUAGUAAAUUAAUUGGUGGAUGAGAGAUUGGAAUACCAUGGCUUGCUACAGACAAAAACAUAGCCUCUGUUCAAAAUGGUUAUUGAAUAUUCUCUAUAAAAAAUCAAUGUGAUACCAGGGAAAUAAUUUUUAUGGAGUGUUUGUUUGAGAAAUAUUAGUAAUGUGAAGUGGUUAAAAAAGGAUGUUUAUUUAAUGUGCAUUUAGGGCGAAUAUUUGAACUAAAAACUGUUUUUUAACGUUGACAUUCCAAUAAAUGAACUUUGCACAAUAGGGACAAAAUUGAUUGCUCCUAAAGUGGUGGAUAACACUCCAUAAAUAUUUUAACUAUUUCACAAAUCAUAGCAUUUUGGGAAACAAAUUAUUUUUAAAUUACAAAGUACAGAAAGUUUGGAAAAACAAAAACAAGAUUUACAGAUAAAACUUGUAAUUAUGUUAUCAAAACUAAAAUUACAGUUUUAUAAGGAAUUUUUGUAAAGAUUAUAUGAAAUACGUGGAUGA